GUAGUCGGUGCAUCACCCAUCCGCGCUAAAUCCUGCAGUCAUUAGGUUCAUCAAAGAAGUGUGGAAUUUCGAGAAGAAACCGCUGUUGGUAAGUUUAGAUGGCCGAGGGAAUCUGGUGUGUCGCAAUGCACUUCACAUGAGGUGGAUAUGGGGCAGCCUGGCCUUCCCUUUCACUGAUUCUAAGGAGGAAGACCUUUGGAAAGAGCAGACUUGGACGGUCGAGUUCUUAGUGGAACAGAUCGAUACUGAGAUACUUCAAUGGGCGAGGGAUGGAGAGUACAUUUGCUUCUAUGGAGGAGAAGACAAGGAUUGGAUUAAGCAAUUCAUAGAUGCAAUGAAAAGUGUGAAAACUGAAUCUCAAAAGCGCAUAAAGAUGGUAUAUGUGGGAAAGAGAAACUCCAAGGAAUUCCAAUUGAAGGAGACCAUCGCUGAAAUUAAGAAGGUGGACCAAAGCGGUACUUGUUUUGACGUAAAGAAGAUACGGUUCUUCUAGAACCGCCUAGAGAGCAUGUGGCAUUCUAUGAUGCAAUAUGGCCGGACGAUUGAAAACGACAAUAGAAUGCAAGAGGUUAUGACGAUGCUUACGUAUGAUGAUAGUGAUCAUGGGUGGGCAUGGAUAAGCAAAGGAUCAACGGAGAUGGUGAAGUAUCAUGGGAAGACUAUUCUCGAGUGCUUGAACACGAUCGGCACAUGGAAGCAAAAAAUUAUUCAGGAAGGAUUCAUUUCGGCGCUCAAAAAAGAAAUUCCUCAAUACAUUACUACUACCAAGCAUUGCGUGAGCCUUCAACUCCCUUGGACAAUUGGGAAAAUUACAAAGAAGGUGGACUGUGCUGAGUGCAAACACCCCAUGGAGAAAUACAUUCUCUACCGCUGCUGUACCGACUAAAGUAAUAACAUGCUACGACCGAUUAUGGUAUGUGUGUCCUUAAUAAAUGUGUGUGAAGAAUAUUUGGUCUUUCAAUAAGAUAGUGGGACUGGUUCCAUGGCUUGAGAACUAGUCUUCACGACAUUCUAGUGUCAAUAUAAGACAGUGUACUAUCAUAUCCAUUGAAUAUUAUUAAUAUUAAUAUGUAUGUUAUUGGAGUGAAAUAAUUAAGCUGAGUUAUGAAGUA